CUGAAUAUUGCAUGUAUGAGUAUAGCUGAAUGUAUUAAGAUAUCAGCCAUUUUUGUUGUAGAUAAAUCAGAAAUUGAGAUUGGGCUGGUUUGGGCUAGGGCUGGAGGCAGGGGAAGUUCGCGGAGGUGGCACCAGUGGGCGUGUCAGCUCUCAGCUGGUUGUGUUGUCACGUCACAGUCUCGCCCAACCAUCGCCAUGUCUUACGCUUAUUUAUUCAAGUAUAUCAUCAUCGGGGACACUGGUGUUGGGAAAUCAUGUCUCCUGCUGCAGUUCACAGACAAGAGGUUCCAGCCGGUGCACGACCUGACCAUUGGGGUGGAGUUUGGUGCCCGCAUGAUCACCAUUGACAAUAAGCAGAUCAAACUCCAGAUCUGGGAUACAGCUGGGCAGGAGGCAUUUAGGUCCAUCACCAGGUCAUACUAUCGAGGUGCUGCUGGUGCCCUUCUGGUGUAUGACAUCACCCGGCGAGAAACCUUCAACCAUCUCACACAGUGGCUAGAGGAUGCACGCCAGCACUCUAACUCCAACAUGGUCAUCAUGCUCAUAGGGAACAAGAGUGAUCUUGACUCUCGGCGAGAGGUGAAGCGGGAAGAGGGAGAGGCAUUUGCACGGGAGCAUGGGUUGGUGUUCAUGGAGACCUCUGCCAAGACUGCUGCCAAUGUAGAGGAGGCUUUCAUCAACACUGCCAGGGAAAUAUAUGAGAAGAUCCAAGAGGGAGUAUUUGAUGUCCAUAAUGAGGCAAAUGGCAUCAAGAUUGGACCUCAGCACUCUCCAGGUGGUGCAGGCCUCACUAGCAACCAGGGAGCAGCAGGUGGGCAAGGUGGAGGUUGCUGCUAAUCUCCACCUUCCCCAUGCUACUGAGAGGUGGAAGGUGCGGCUGGCCAGAGAAAGCUGAAGGGGUGGAUAGGUGGCUUGCUGUGGUCAGUGGUCUGGAGCUCUCCCACUGUGUGGAUAUAUAGAUUACAGAAGCUGCCCUGCUCCACCUUAUCAGCUCCCUUGGCAACUAUAUCAGUCUAGUGAUGCAGAGAGUGCGCCCUACCUGAGGCACUGUGGAGGGAGUGAGGGCAGGGUGUGAUGACUCCAGGUCUGUUGCGACAGCUCAAAAUUUUUGCUGUAGGGAUGUGGUGGAAUUUAUGGAUUUUUUUCUAUUUUCAUAUAGCUCAUUUGCUGUCAGAACUAUAGAAUUAUGUGUAGAGAUGUGUAUAUUGAUGUAUAUUUUGAUUGAAGUGAGUGUGUUUGAUUCUUAUUGAUUUUUUGUUAUUGAAUGCAGAUAUUUUAAUGAUACAAUAUUUAACAUUAGAUUUUAGAUCUGCUGAUGCUUAGGAAACUGCAUAUAUAAGUUAGUUUUGGACCACUGUCACCCUUUCAACACAGCACAGGAAGCAACAUUGUCCACACCAGAGGCUGACCAGUUGCAUGUGUAUCACCUAAGUGUGACAAAACAAGGUCAUCAAAAGUGGGAGCAAAAUUACCCUUGGAAUAUUUUUUUAUACACGGAGUCAGAUGUAAAGAGAUAUUAGUUCUUCCACAUGCCUCACUCUGGUUUAUCUUUAUACUUGCUUUAUCUUUACCUUGCCAGCAAUUAGCUAAUGUAUAGUCACCUCCCAUAGUAUGUCGAGGCUCCCACAGUAGUGACUCCUGCAUGUGUGGCCCAGUGGCUUGUUAACUUGUGCCCCUUGUAGCUCCCAUACUGGGCAGUUCAGCUGACACUCAAACAGCAGCACUUAUCCAGUGCUGCUCCAUGGAAAUAUGUAUGUUUCCAUUAUCUCUGUCCUUGGAUAAAUUUCCUACAUUUAACCUCAUUUUUUACUUGAGUUGUGACAA